GAUUUAACGCACACAGGCUCAUUAGCAUUGGCACUAGAUUUGACCGUCCUGUGAGUGUCCUUUCAAGGUGAUAUGCGACGAACUGUGAUGCGAUUUGCGCAAAAAACAAGCCAGCGACAUGGUGAAAGGCUAGACAGCUCUUCCGGGUUUCCAGAUGCUGCUCAGUGGGCUUUGACUGUGGGCCUUGGCACGUUGAUACCGGGCUUUGCAUUGUUCAAGCUAUUCACUGUCACUGGAGCAGUGGAGGCAGAGAAAGGAGCACAGGAGGAGCUGGCUCGACACCAAAGACACCAGGAAGCUGCAGCCUGUGUCUGAGUAUUUCUUUGGUGGAUCCUGCUCUUUCUGUUUUCGUAUAGAACUUUCCCUGCUAUCAUGGUAUCAGCUCAAGUGCCGACAGGCUUAUGCUGUGCAAGCGCCACCUGGACGGCAUGAAGUGAAGAGUUCGAAGAGUUCUCUUACUGUGUAGCACUGUGUAGCACACAGGAUGCAACAGUGUCGCCUUGGAGACUUUUGGAGAAGCAAAGACUUUUG